AUGGAGACGUUUUAUGGAGGACUGAAUAGAGCAUCGCAGAUGGCAGCAAACGCAGUAGCGGCUGGUGGACUUAUAGACAAAUCUUACACUGAGGCUAAAGAGAUACUAGACCGCAUUGCUAAACACAAUAUGGAAUGGGUGGAUGAUACCCACACUUUCUGCUCAAGUGGCUACGAUGACCAGCCUUCUGUAGAAUAUAACGCUGGGAAACGCAUCAAAUCAACAGAAGGUGAAUCAGGAGGAAAUCAUCAGGAGCACCACCCAGGGGCGAACCAUCAGCAAACAGUUCCUUGCUCGAUAGGAGGAUUGGAUGUGGGUCAUGCAUUGUGCGAUUUGGAAGCCAACAUCAAUCUCAUGCCACUUUCAAUUUUUAAGAAAUUGGGGAUUGGUGAAGCACAACCUACUUCUGUUACUCUUCAGCUCGCUGACAAAACAAUUAAGUACUCAGAAGGAAAGAUUGGAGACGUUUUGGUGAAGGUUGACAACUUCAUAUUCCCAACAGACUUUAUUAUCUUGGACUAUGAAGCAGAUAGAGAGGUACCAAUUAUCCUUGAACGCCCUUUCUUAGCUACUGGGAAAGUUUUAAUUGACGUGCAUAAAGGCGAAUUGACUAUGCGUGUAGAUAAUGAAGAGGUCCUUGCGUUGGAGGAGAACCUGAAAGAAUCAGAGCCGCCAAGUCUGAGUGAGUGGUGGACAAAACCAAUGCAUCCAUCACUUGAGGAACCACCAGAACUCGAGUUGAAACAGUUACCUAGACACCUGAAAUAUGCAUUCCUUGGAACCAAUAACACUUUACCUGUGAUCAUUUCCGCAAAUCUUACAGAGCCUAACGAGCAGUCUCUCUUACAGAUGCUGAAAAAGCACAAACACGCAAUAGGUUGGACGCUUGCGGAUAUCCGUGGCAUUAGUCCAUCUUAUUGCAUGCAUAAGAUUAGGCUAGAAGAAGGGAAGUCGGGGUCAAUCGAGCUUCAAAGAAGGCUGAACCCCAUAAUGAAAGAAGUGGUCAAGAAAGAAAUUUUAAAAUGGUUGGACGCGGGAGUCAUCUAUCCUAUAUCCGACAGUAGUUGGAUUUUGAUAGAUCCGGAAGAUCAGGAGAAGACUACAUUUACCUGUCCCUUUGGAACAUUUGCAUUCAGAUGCAUGCCCUUUGGGUUAUGUAACGCACCUGGGAUAUUUCAAAGAUGUAUAAUGGCUAUCUUCUCUGACUUCCUAGAAAAGACCGUUGAAGUCUUCAUGGACGAUUUUUCAGUCUUUGGAGACUCAUUCCAGUCAUGCCUAGAUAAUUUGGAGGUCGUCCUCGCUCGAUGCGAGGAAACAAACUUGGUGCUGAAUUAG